AUGAGCAUGAGCUUGAGCAUCAAGAUGAGCAUGAGCCUGAGCCUGAGACUGAGCUUGAAUCUGAGCUUGAAUCUGAGCCUGAAUGUGAGCCUGAACCUGAGCUUGAGCCUGAACUUGAGCUUGAGCCUAAACCUGAACUUGAACCUGAACCUGAACCUGAACCUGAACCUGAACCUGAACCUAAACCUAAACCUAAACCUAAACCUAAACCUAAACCUAAAUCUGAACCUGAACCUGAACCUGAACCUAAAUCUAAACCUAAACCUGAACUUGAGUCUGAGCCUGAACCUCAUCCUAAGCCUGAUUCUGAGCCUGAGCCUGAAACUGAACUUGAACCUAAACCUAAACCUGAGCCUGAACUUGAGUCUGAGCUUGAGCCUCAUCCUAAGCCUGAUUCUGAGCCUGAAACUGAGCCAGAACCUAAACCUAAACUAG